CACACACACUCAGUUUGUGAUUCCAAAUCACACGCCAGAGCAUUGCACAUACUGCAUGCUUAGUGAAAGUUAUUGUAAGUGGCGAUUUGUGUGUGUUAGCUAGCUCUACACCUCCGUCCGAAAUGUUCCUGUUUCAUCAGUCUUCAUUCGGGAACUAGCUGGGAAUGUAUUGGUUUUCUGACCUAAAGUGCCUUCUUUACGACGAGCCAGAAUGCUGACUUUUAAGACCGAGUCCGUGGAGGAUUUUUACGAUAUUGGAGAGGACAUUGGAAGCGGUCAGUUUUCAGAGGUCAAGCGAGUGACAGAACGUAGCAGUGGACGAGACUUCGCUGGCAAGUUUGUGAAGAAACGUCGCUAUGCCUCCAGUAGGCGUGGGUCUCGUAGAGAAGAUAUCGUCCGUGAGAUUGAAAUACUGAGUGAGCUGUCACACAGCCAAAUCAUCAGCCUGCAGGAGGUGUUUGAGACGCCCACCGAAGUCAUUCUCAUCUUGGAAUUGGUGACAGGUGGGGAGUUAUUCCACUACUUGGCAGAGAAGGAUCAUGUCAGCGAAGACGUGGCUGCCAAGUUUACCAAACAGAUCCUCGAAGGGCUGAAGCAUAUGCACGAUAGAAACAUCUGUCAUCUCGAUCUCAAGCCAGAAAACAUCAUGCUACUGAACAGGAACAGUCACGAAGUCAAGCUGAUUGAUUUCGGACUAUCAAGGAAGCUUCUAAACGGCAAAGAAAUCAGAGAGAUGAUUGGAACUCCAGAAUUCGUUGCUCCUGAAGUUAUUAACUAUGAGAACCUAACCCUGGCCACAGAUAUGUGGGCCAUCGGUGUCAUCACGUACAUUCUGUUGAGCGGGGCGUCACCAUUCCUUGGGGACGAUCAGCAAGAGACGUACAAUAACGUGACGGCAGUGGAUUAUGACUUCGAUGAAGAGUACUUCCCCACAACCAGUGAACUAGCCAAAGAUUUCAUCCAAAGAUUGCUCUGCAAAAACUCAAAGAAGAGAGCUACAGUGGACGAUUGCCUGAACCACGUAUGGAUUAAGCCUUCUAAUGUUAAACAACGCAAACUAAGAGACAGCUCACAUCUCAACACAGAGAAUCUAAGGAGAUUCAACGCCAAGAAACGAUGGAAGCAAUCGAUGAAAGUCGUCUCAAUAUGCAAUCGUCUCUCCAGAAACGCCAAGAUCCGCAGCACCACAGGCAACUUGGACGGGGGACUUGCAUCUUCCAAGCAUGCCUCGUCGGAUGUUGACGCCACUUCUAAAUCAGAUGAUGCGUCGGCUACUUCUUCAAGGAACUGUAACGAUGCUUGCACAGUAGACAUCUUGUAUGACGAGAAAUAA